AAUGACGUCAGAAAAGACCGUUUUGCGAUAUCAAUCUGGAACUUGGCAACAACAGAAACGCGGAAGUUUCAGUUUUCACAACAUAAGGAUUUCUGCCAAUUAUCAUCGGUCAAGGGGCUCUAACGAUGACUGAAGUGGACCCGCUGGCGAUCGAGAUCAUCGAGGAGGGUCUUGACCUGGAUCAGAAGAGUUUACCACCGGCGUCAGGCGUUUGGGAACAUGAGGAAUUAGCUCAGGUGAAAGUGAAGGUGAUGAGAGGACACACUGAAUGUGUAAACAGGUGUAAGCUGUGCUGUCAGGAGAAGAAAAUCUUCACCGUAUCAAAUGACAAGACUGCCAGAAUAUGGGAUAUUGACACUGGUGCCAUUCUCAAGACUUACAACUGUCAUGACAUGUACAUCACAUCAGGGGAUAUCAGCCCAGACAAUACAAGGUUUGUAACAUGUUCCUGGGACAAGACUUUGAGACUGUGGGACACAGAGACAGGCACCAUGUUGUGGCAGGGUCGACAUGACGGCAUUGUGACUUGCUGUCACUUCUCCCAUAACGGCAAAAUGGUGGUGUCUGGUUCUGACCUGGACCAUUCUGUGAGUGUGUGGCACACAGGAGAGGGAACACAAUUGCACCAUUUGAAAGACCAGCACAAAAGUACCAUCACAUCCUGCUCAUUCACACCCAAUGAUGAGAGGAUCUGCACCACUUCUAUGGACAAGUCCACCAAGCUGUGGGACCUGGAGUCAAAAAGAACAACUGUGAAGAUAGAAGGUCACAUCAAUGUCAUCUCGUCAUGCUGUAUGGACAGGAAUGAGCGCUGGCUCUGCACGGCAUCCUGGGAUAAAACUCUGCAGGUGUGGGACAUCUCCACAGGCAUGUUCAGAUCUCAAGGACCAGUUUCCCUGGCUAAAGGACAUGAGGGGUCAGUCAGCUGUUGUGACUUCAGCAGAGACGGAACAUUGCUUGUGUCAGGGUCCUAUGACCAGACAGUAACCCUGUGGGACAUGGAGACAUGUAUGCACAAACUCUCACUCAAGGGUCACUCAGAUUGGGUGACAGACUGUAGCUUUAGUGAGGACCAGAAAUGGGUCAUCUCCUGUUCAAAGGAUAAGACCAUGAGAUUGUGGAACAUUGAAGACACAGACCACAUUCCAUUUGUUCUGGAACAGAGGAGGGCCAUUGGACUCAAGAUGGUUAAUUGUGAGCAGUGUGGGAAGGCCUUCUCCAUUGCCCAGCUGGAGGAUGCCCGUGAACUAUCCCUAUGUGUGUUCUGUCGUCUGGCACAGCCUAACAGGAACGUCCCAGCAUUGGAUGAGGUCUGACAUCGCAUCAUAGAAAUCUCCAUGCAGUUGUAAAUGGAGUAUGCUGGCGUGAACAAAAGGGGAUGUAUUUUUUUUCAUGUAAAAUUUGUGCUGACAAUAUUAAGUUGAUGUGCCAUUCUGUAAUGAUCAGAUAGAUUUAAGAUUUUCCAUUUAUAAUUGGUCUAUUAUAUAAGGUGCUUUUACCUAACUCACAACAAAGAUGCUGCAUUGUCAGUUCCUCCUGCUAUGUGUCAUCACUUCUCCACUGUAAAACUGACAUAGGCCACCAUACCUAUGCACUACCACUUAUGUCUGUUAGAUGUCACUAUUAAAACGCCAUACAGAUGCAAGAUUAAAUUUUGGGGUGGGUGAGGGCAACUUUUCAUUCAAGUACAAAUUUCAGCAUAGCAGUCCAUUUUAAUACCAACAGUACUUUUAUUUGACUGGCUCAAAGUACAAAACCUUUAAUAUGAAUUAUGAUUGUUUCUGUCGAUGAAGGUUAGAGAUGCAGGUAAUACGAUACGCCAAAAAGCAGUUACUGAAGCAACUGGAUAUGAUUUUAAAAUCAUGAAAUUUUGUGUGAUUUUAAAAUUUCCAUGGCUGCAGAUGCAGCCAAUAUUAUUACAGAGCAAUAGCAGAGUUGAACCUUGUAAAUUGAACCAGAGAAUAAAGU